AUGGCUUCAGCAAAGGUGGACUUGGCAGUCGCAAUACCCACCUUCAUCGGAUCUGUCUUGUCGGCCCUUUUUACAUUUGCCGUCCUAAUUUUGCAUUUUAUUUCUCCUCCGAGACGCCGGCAUGUCCGCCAUGCGCUCAUUGUUAAUCUUCUACUAUCCGACUUUGUCGACAUGGUGAACAAUACUGUAACUGGUAUCAUAUUACUGAGGGAUGGCCCUCUUGACCAAGCACUUCCUGCCGGAGGAUGUACCAUGAAUGCGUGGGUGGGCCAGCUUACAGUUCAAACGACGGAUUUCAAUAUCUUGUUCAUCUCGAUAACGGUCCUUCUCACUGUAAACAAGAAUCAUCUGCUGCAAGAUUCUUCACUACGACGAAUCCUUGUUGUAUGUCUCUGUGCAUGGAUACCGGGCAUUAUCACUAGCUUCACUGCCCUUGGAUUGCAUAUAUAUGGCCCAGUGGGUGGGAAUUGGUGCUGGAUUCAGAAGAAGUAUCCCGUUUACCGUUGGGCAUUAUCCUUUGGGUGGCGCCUCUUGAUAUUCUUCUUGACAGUCGGCAUCUAUACAGCCAUUUACAUCAAACUGAGACGAUUAUUCGGCCGCUUCCGGUUUUCGGAAAAUUCUAUCGAAGCUAUCACCACAGGCAGGAGCCGCCGCACACAAACUAUACCAUCAUCCGGCGAAGAUCAGAAACCUCCCACGGAGCAGUAUAUCAUGAAGACGACGUCGUUCACCGUUUCACACGACCAGGAGGACAAUCGAGGCUUGGCUAGCGAUUCGUCAUCAACAGCACCGAUCAACGACCGGAACGAUCAGACCGACGACCUGAACUUUGCGUCAUCACACAACGCAGCUAUUGGAGGAGAUCAUACCGCAGGCUUGGGAGAACCGGACGUGUGUACCGACCCGCCAAAGCUCCCACCACCACCAAACCUGCGGCGUAUGCUGUUAUUGAACGGUUACCCGAUCGGCUAUCUCAUUCUCUGGACACCUGGGAUUGGCUGGGGAGAAGCAGAAUAUCUUUGUGAGAACGAAAAGCCACAAGUUUUCACACCUGUGGAGUCUGUGGCGCCCGAACAUGAGAUCCAGACCGAUAACAUACUCGUCGCCAAGAGAAUACAGUACGAUCACAUCAACCAGAUUAGCACCGCUGGAUAUGUCAUGAUGGAAGAGAACAUUGAUACAGAUUAG